CAUUCUCGCUUUGUGUGUCGCCAUAUUUGUUGUUAUCUUCUUCAAAAAAACGGGGUGCCCAAUAUACAUAUAACUUUUUUUUUAUUUAAUUUUUCAUAUAUUCGUUUAUAAACUGAACGUGUGAAAGAUUCUAAGAAAAUUCUUUAAAAAAUAAAAAAAAAAAAUCCAAAACUUUCAUUUAGAAUACACUUUUCUUUGCGUGAACAGAAAAAAAAGCCAAUUAAUCGAAAAAAAUCUUAACAAAGCAAUUUAUUUUUUUUUUCAUCCAUUGCAAGAGCUCUCCUCUCUCUCUCACUCUCCCCCUUGAAGAAAAUUUUGAGAAGAAAAAAAAUAGACAAUCAUCGGGAUAAAAAAGACCCUCCGUCCUAUUAUUAUAAUUGAAGUAAAAGUGUAAUCUUUAUCAUAAUCUUCAUUUACUUCGUCGACCACAAAGUGUGUGAUCAAACAAAAUAAAAAAAGUAGAGAAAAAACCCAACAAAAAAAACUUGUGUGAAAAUGCUCAUAAAAAAACCCCUCGACCCCAAGAUCAUCAUCAUCACGACGACGAAUUUUCGUGGUACCACCUUGACUGGCUGCCAUGGUGGUGAUUGAAAACAAAGAAAGGACUUUUUAAAAGGACUGAAGAAAAUAAAGAAAGUAGUAGAAUUAUAAAAAGGUUGAAGUAGUUUAUAGUAGUGACGAAAAGUAGAUUAUAUUUUUAAAUUUGUUUAAACCAGGAGGAACAUCGGCGAGUACCUCUGCCGUUCUCUAAGUUUUCCAAAACAACAAAAAAAAAAAAAGGAAAAACGAACAACCCAUUUCGCUAACCACAAAACGCUGUUUGUUUGCUUUUCUGUUGUCUUGCUUUUCCCAUGUCUCACGGUUUUUCAUGAUUAAACCUGGAUCUGUGUUGGAAGACUCUCUUGGUUCUUUGUUUUGUUUUUUCUGUUUCUGCUGUGUUGACUUCGACUAGAAAAGGCAACUCAUUCUAAUUCCCAAGAAAGUGGCUUCUUUUGCCAGCUGAUCACAAGAAGCAUUUCUUUUUGAUUUCCUUCAAACAAAAAAAAAAAGUUGAAAAAAAGCAAAAGAAGAAAAAAAAAACCAUUUCUUGUGUACAUACAUCGAUUUGCCAAACACUCAGGCGCACGCACAUGCACACACAAGCAAAGGCAAAAUCAACGCACACAUUGAAGUGGCGCGAACUACAGGAGGAAAAGUAAUCAAAAGGAGGAACACAAGAGAACAACAACGACAACGACGACGUUUACCUUCUUUCAAUUUCCCAUCUCCUCCCCGUGUUGCUAGAAAUGCGACACCAACGACACCGUUCUGGGGAAAAGUGAAAAUUCAAAGCUCCAUUUAAAAAAAAAAAAAAGGAAAAUACUUACCAACCAUCCCGCCGUGGUGGUGUGUUGUUUCUUCUCCCGUUUAACGUAGAGUCUGGAGUGGAAAGAGAAAAAGAGAAGAAGUGAGAAGAAUCCUUUGUCUUUUUGUCUUCAGGUUCAGCGCGACUUCAACUCGAAACUCGGUGGUGGCCCUCUGUGUGGUGGUGGAUUACAAAAUUUUUUGGUUUACGUUUUUUCCAUUCCACAUUUAACAACAACAACAAAAGGAUUUUUUGGUUAUAAUUUGGUUUUUAUAUCCAUCAAUCGUGUCGUUGUGUUGUCGUCGUCUUUGGUUUUGGUUUCCCCAUUCCUCCAAUCAUCUGGUCGGUUUGGUCAUUGUUCUUCUUCUCUCUCAAGACUGUUGUUAACAUUUUGCUGUUAAACUGGCGAACGGUGUAGGCAAUAACGUUGGUGGUGGUAAUGGAGGAGGUGGUGGUGGAGGAGGUGCAGGUGGACAUGCAGCAAAUCCUGCUGGUGGUGGAGGAGGUGCUCCUGGCGCUGGUCAACAGAAUAGGAUAAAUGGUGGCCAACGGGGAGCUAAUAAUCCCAAUAACAACAACAAUGAUCAUCAACAAGGUGUUGGUGAUUGGAAUCAAGAGGAUAUUGAUCGUUUUAGCUUUGAUGAUUCGGAUCGUUUUGAAGAGGAUUCAUUGUGCAGUUGGAGUUCGGAACCGGAGUCGGUGUGUAAUAAUUGGCGUGGAUGGAAACGGCCAUUAGCUAAUGGAGCGAAUGGAAGUUGGAAUUCGACAAUGUUUAAUCAGGCGGGAAGUUCGAAGAGAGGAAAUGAAGAAGAUGUUUCAUCUUUAACGGAGCUAGCAGCGAAAUGUGUUGCUUCGUUCAUACCAUUCGAACUUGUCGAACAUGUCUAUCCACCAGUUCCAGAACAACUCCAACUACGUAUAGCAUUUUGGAGUUUCCCCGACAACGAGGAGGACAUUCGACUGUACUCCUGUUUAGCAAAUAGUUCUGCUGAUGAAUUUCAUCGCGGAGAUCAGUUAUUCAAAAAUCGUGCAGUCAAGGAUCCAUUGCAAAUAGGUUUCCAUCUAUCGGCGACUGUUAUUGGCCAAAGCCAACUUAGAAGUCAUUUCAAUGUUGCAGUGACUUUCGAUCGGCGGCGAAUAUCAUCAUGCAAUUGUACAUGUACAUCAUCCGCUUAUUGGUGUUCUCAUGUAGUCGCCGUAUGUUUGCACCGAAUACAUUGUCCCAACGAGGUUUGUCUGCGAGCUCCAGUCUCAGAAUCCCUCACCCGUUUGCAAAGAGAUCAGCUGCAAAAAUUUGCACAGUAUCUUAUAAGUGAACUGCCGCAACAGAUUCUGCCAACGGCACAGCGCUUACUCGAUGAAUUGCUGAGCGCCCAGCCAACAGCAAUCAACACAGUAUGUGGAGCUCCAGAUCCAACAGCUGGUGCAUCAGCGAACGAUCAAACCAGCUGGUAUCUAGACGAGAAAACUUUACAUGAGAAUAUCAAUCGCAUAUUAAUUAAGUUUUGCCUACCGGCGCCAAUUGUAUUUAGUGAUGUAAAUUAUUUAACCAACUCCGCCCCACCGGCCGCAGCCGAAUGGAGUUCUCUUCUACGUCCAUUGCGUGGAAGAGAACCCGAAGGCAUGUGGAAUCUAUUGUCGAUUGUUCGCGAAAUGUAUCGUCGCUGCGAUCGCAAUGCAGUUCGCCUGCUUGAAAUCAUUACGGAAGAGUGUAUGGCAUGUGAUCAAAUUCUAAUUUGGUGGUUUCAAACUAAACUGUCAAUGAUGAUGGGUUCGCAUGGUUAUAAUGGCGGCAAACACAGCAACACACAUAGCAAUUCAAAUGCAUCGCAACAUGCUUGCUCAUCGUUGUGUGAUGAAAUCGUUGUACUCUGGCGUUUAGCGGCUUUGAAUCCCGGUCUAGCUCCAGACGAACGAGAUAUGUUACAUGCGCAAUUUACGGCGUGGCAUUUGAAGAUCCUCGAUCGGGUCGUUAAAUGCCGAAUGCUGCCAUCGUCAUACAGCAGCAAACAUCAACAGAAUUCAAGAACGGAUGCUGAACUAUUUGUUGGCUUUAAGCCGGCAAUCGAGGCAUGUUAUCUUGAUUGGGAAGAAUACCCUAUUCCUGGCAUAACACACACUCAGGAAACAAAUCCCAUAUACUAUUCGCCGUUCACAUGUUUCAAACAUACCGACUCGAAGAGUGAACCAGCCACAAACAGUCAUCAAUUGAAUGCGACACAAGCGGUCAUGGCCAACAAUAAACACUAUAACUACAUUAGCACGGCGGCGGAUCAUCAUGGCAUGCAUCUUGUGCACAACAAAAAUCGUUACGAUCGACCAUUCCGUGAUCGAUUUUACAUUUCGAGCAGCAACAACUCGAGUAAUUCGAGCAGCGAAAGUGUCCCAGUACGAGUUCAUCAUCAGGUGGCUUUGGUUUCAGGAGGAGGCGUUCUGCCUGGUAUUGCCAGUGGCAGUGGAGGUGUAGGAGUUUCCAUGGGAGUUGUUGUUGGUGGAGGAGCAGCUAAACCCGGCGAUGGUAACCGCUCAAGUGCGAGUAGUGAAGGUUUUUGUGAAAAUGAAGAUUUUGGCGGAGACAGCAGUGGUAACAAUGAAGGUGGACAGACACUGCCACCCACAGCUGCAGCUGCUGUUCAGGUUAAAGCCCCAAACACCAGUGAAACAGAUUCACAAAAUAGCUUAGAACUGUCUUCACCGCUUGAGCCAGACAACAUAAACGGCGAGGAAUUGAAAUUUCUUGGAAAUUUUGUUGAAAGCGCCAGUGGGAGUGCAGGUACAAGACCCACUUUAUCUGCAUCCUCAUCGUCGUCUUCGACUUCAUCGAUGUUGGCAACAAAAACUGGUGAAAUGCCGCUAGCCGAGCCCUCUACAUCCCAAUCAGUAGCCAUGGCAGCUGCAGAACCAGUAGUAAUAGAUGAUGCCGCUGCUAUUGUGGUUGAACCCCGUCGGGUGUCUAAAGAUGAAUCAUUUUCGAGUUCAAGUGAUGAAUUUAUUACCCCCGAAUGUCAACCAAUUAAGUCUCCUCAACCCUCUUCUUCUGUAUUUCCACCCACAGUGGCUGUUGCAGAAUGCAGUCCAGUUGCAGGAUGUAGUAAGACACUACAAAUUCCUCUAGCAACUGAGAAACCGGAAAUAUUCUCGAAUGUACGACCCACAGAGGAUGCUUGGGAUAUUUUACUCGCUCGAGCCGAAGGCCUACAUGCACAUGGCCAUGGAAGAGAAGCCUGCAUAUUGGCAGUUCGUUUGGCAGAAGAAAUGCUAGCAAAUCCACCGAAUUUAAUGGUGGAACUUCCGCCACCACCUAAACGCAAAGGUAAAAAGCAUAGCAUCAAUCCGAUUUCGCAUCAAUUAAGCGUCCUGGCAUCGUCGACCCUAUCUAAAUGUGCAUUUCUAUGCACAGUUUUAUCAGAAAACUCUGAACACUAUCAUAAUGCAUUCAGGAUUUGUCUAUUUGCAUUGGAAAUGCCACGACCUCCAGCCAGUACUAAGCCACUUGAAGUCAAAUUGGCAAAUCAGGAGGCCGACUUAUUGGCUUUGUUAAAGAAAAUCCAUUUGAAUCAACCCAAAUUACGGGUGAUUCGUGAAAGAGCUGAACAAUUGAAAAAUGGAACGCUCAAGUCGAGAGGAGAAGCUUUGCUUCCAAUAAAUCUAGCUAGUUUUAUUUUUGAUGCUUUGGUUAUGCCCUCGGUUAUGGGCAAGGAAAAUCGAAACAAAGUUAUGAGCAUUGCAUAUCGGACGCCAACAGAUGAGAAUUUAGGAUUUGAAGCAGCUGUAGCUGCUCUCGGCCUGAAAGCAAAUGUCUCUGAAGCUGAGCAUCCAUUGCUGUGUGAAGGAACACGUCGCCAGAGAGGUGAUCUGGCUUUAACACUACUUUCUUACUACAAGGACGAACCGCGAAAGAUCGCCAAAAUUAUGGAUAAAUUGUUAGAUCGAGAUAUACACAUAUUGUUGAAGAGCCCACUGCUGCCAGCGUACUAUUCGAACAACCCACCUGUACGAACUCCAGCAUCGCAAGCUCGUCGCGAUGAACAGGAGCAAUUUAAUGCACAUGUUGCGACUACAUCUAAUUUCGCAGAUUCUUGUGGAUUCCCAUCGUCGGACAAUAGUCGGCCACACAGCAGUACUAGUGCGGAAUUAGAAGUGGGAAUGGGAGCACUGAGUGUAAGUUCUGGACAAGGUAAUAUGGCUGGAGCAUCACCAAGUCAAACGAUUGGAGGCAAUGGUAAUGUUGGUAGUUCCGGCCCAGGUCCGAGUAAUCGAAAUAAGGACCUUCGAUACAAGGGCAAGCGGGCUUAUCCAUCGAUACCAAACCAGCCAUCGGAAGCUAGCGCUCAUUUUAUGUUCGAAUUGGCCAAGAAUGUGCUCACCAAAGCAGGCGGAACAAGCUCAACAUCUCUCUUCACACAGGCAACUACUAAUCACAACCAUCAUGGACCGCAUCGUGCUCUCCACAUGUGUGCAUUCCAACUGGGAUUGUAUGCUCUUGGUUUGCACAAUUGCGUCAGUCCGAAUUGGCUGUCACGCACGUACUCUUCACAUGUGUCCUGGAUCAUUGGACAGGCAAUGGAGAUAGGUGCACCUGCAAUAUCAUUCCUAAUUGAAACGUGGGAGGGUCAUCUUACGCCACCAGAAGCCGCAGGUAUGGCAGAUAGAGCCUCACGAGGCUGGGAUAAUAACAUGGUUUAUCCUGCAGCUGAAUUAGCAUUAUCUGUUCUACCUCAUUCGGCAGCACUCAAUCCGAAUGAGAUUCAGCGUGCUAUACUGCAAUGUAAAGAACAAAGUGAUCAAAUGCUAGAACGAGCUUGUAUAACAGUUGAAAAUGCUGCCAAGGGUGGAGGUGUCUACCCAGAAGUUCUUUUCCAAGUUGCUCACUAUUGGUAUGAAUUGUAUUUGCGAAACACUCCGAAUAGCGAACAAGAUCACGAUGUUAAUGAUAUUGACCACUCGGUUAGUCUAAGCGCUUUGAUUGAAUCGGCGGAGGCUCAAAUGCAACAGCCUCCACCACCACAACCCACACAAAAUCAGCAAGUGGUAGUGACAACAGCGCCACCUCCAUUCCAACAGGGAGUUACGACACUGGCUCCAAUCGGAAUAACCCCAUAUCCGCCGUACAGCUUCUGCCAGGGCAUCUAUCAUCACCACAAUCUGACGUAUCCACCAAAUCAAAUGCAAAUGUAUAUCUCCACAGCACCUCCACCACAGGCCUACCAACCAUACCCACAAGCGCCACCUACUCAAGCUGGGCCGCCACCAAAUGCAUAUGGUGUGCAACCAGGUGGCUUCCAGCCUAUGCAAGCUCAUCCACAGGUAACACAAGGUGGAGGAUAUCCAGGUGCUCCAGGAGCACAACAGUAUGCUGCAGUGCAAAUGCCUGUACAAGUUAAUACAGGAGCUCCACCACCACCACAGCAAUUGCCGCCACAAUACUAUGGACAAGCAAUGGCGAUAGCUCCCCCUCAAGCUUCACAACAAGGAAAUGGAAUGCGACAACAGCCAUAUCCAUUUCCGCAACAACAAGCUCAGCCGCAGGUUCGGCAAAGGCAUCCACAUCAGUUUAGUCCCACACAACUGCGUUAUUUACUCGCCGCCUACAAUGUAGGAAUGCUAGCAAUGGAAACACUGGCACGCAGAGUUCACGAUGAUCGUCCACAGGCGAAAUACGCCCGUAAUCCACCCUAUGGCGAAGAUGUCAAAUGGUUGUUGCGCAUAUCAAAGAAACUGGGCACCCAGUAUUUACAUCAGUUUUGUGUAUGCGCCGUUAAUUCCAUCGUUAGCCCGUUUGUGCUGCACGAUGUCGCUAUCGAAUCGGCACAUUAUCUAGGUCGAAACAACCACCAACUGGUUAUGCAACAUUUACGAUCUGCAUUGACUCCGUUAGUUCAAAAAUGUCAACAGAUGUACAUCCAAUGUAUUCACCAGAAAUUGUAUCAUCUAACUCAGGCAGAUUAUGAAGAUUUUGCUAGUAUUAUUCUAGCAGCACGUGCAGCGUUCCAAAUAACGCCUGAAGGCAGUGCACAAUUUAAAGAUUGGUUGCAGUCUAUUAAAAGAUCAAAAUCGUGUAAAAAAGAUCUUUGGACACAAAUUAAUACAGCUCUCCAAACCAAUUCUAAAUGACAAAGACUUGAAUCGGCAAGUUCCGAAGUACACACUCUGAAAAGCAAUGCAUCAUCU